AUGGCAGAAUAUGAAACGUGUAUCUACGGUAUUGAAGCAACCAUCAAAUUUAGAAUCAAGAUUCUUGAAGUGUUUGGAGACUCUGUUUCAAUAAUCAGUUAUGUCCGGGGAGAUUGGGAAACUCGGGAUACGAAUUUGAUUUCGUACAAAGAUCACAUUGUAAAACUGAUUCGCUAUUUUGAUGAAAUCACUUUUCUUUAUAUUCCGAGGGAAGAUAAUAAGUUAGCCGAUACUCUAACUAAUCUUUCAUCCAUUUUUAAACUCAAGUGGAAGAAUGAACCACCUACCAUCCAUAUUGACCACUUGGAUGAACCAGUGCAUUAUCUAGCAAUUGAGGUUGAAUUUGACAACAAGCCUUGGUUCUAUGAUAUUAAGAGAUAUCUGGAAAAACAAGAGUAUCCCGAGAAAGCAUCAAUCAAUGAUUUGAAGGCUUUAAGAAGAUUUUCUUAUAAGUUUUUCUUGAAUGGGGAUGUUUUGUACAAGGGGAAUUAUGAUUCCGUGUUGCUCAGAUGUGUGGAUAGACACGAAGCAAGAACGAUCAUAAAGUCCAGACAUGAGGGUUCUGAAGUUGUGCAUGCGAAAGGGCCCGUUAUGGCUAAAAAGAUCCUUCGGGCUGGUUAUUAUUGUUAA